AGGUCGCCACCGCGAGGGUACUGGGCGGUGGUUGGGUGGGGUCCCCUCCUUCAAGUUGUGUGGGAAGGCCUGUGGGGCGGGCGACUUCCGUGCUGAGGCUUCUAUGACGAGAAGCAAGCCCGGCAAAAUUGUGGGAACAGAGCGUUUCAGGCAGAAUGAACAGAAAGUUUGAAGCCCCUGAGGGAGGUGGAAGUUUGGCGUUUUCAGGCAGAGAAUGUGACUAGAGUGUAAUGGAAAAGGAGGAAAGCAGCGGAGGUAUCAUGAUAUUAGCUGGUUUGACCUCAAGCCAUUUGUGAGUCAUUAGAUCUUCUGAAAAUGGGAGGCACAGUGGGGCCCCUCCCAGGAGCUCUUGGCUGGUGCUGAUGGCAGAAACCAAGCUUGCCUCAGGUUCACUUAUAGCCCUGCAGCGUCCGCUCAGCCGGCGGCGUCCCGACCAUGGAUGGCGCGUCGGCCGAGCAAGAUGGCCUCCAGGAGGACAGAUCCCACAGUGGCCCCUCGGCUCUCCCCGAGGUUCACCAGAAGUCCUCGGGCCCACUGGUGCCACCUGACCAGCAGGACAAAGCCCAGCGUGCCGAGGUAAACAGAGCUUCCACGGAAGGAGAAAGCCCGGAUGGAGCUGGCCAGGGAGGCCUCUGUCAGAACGGGCCAACGCCACAGUUCCCAGACGCUCCAUUGUCUCUCGGUCCGAUCACAAGCCCAGUGGGCCCUGAUGCCUCUCCAGGUGUGGCUGGUUUCCAUGACAACCUAAGGAAGUCUCAGGGAACUAGUGCUGAGGGCAGUGUUAGAAAAGAAGCUUUGCAGUCUCUCAGACUCAGUCUUCCUAUGCAAGAAACGCAACUGUGCUCUACAGAGUCUUCCCUGCCCCUGGAGAAGGAGGAGCAGGUCCGACUUCAGGCUCGGAAGCGGCUGGAAGAGCAGCUCAAGCAGUACAGGGUGAAGCGCCAGCAAGAGAGAUCCAGUCAACCUGCAGCCAAAACGAGACUUUCUAGCACACUUGAUCCUGAGCUCAUGUUAAACCCAGAAAACUUACCAAGGGCCAGUACCGUAGCUUUGACUAAAGAAUAUUCCUUCCUGCGCACGAGUGUCCCUCGGGGGCCUAAGGUGGGCAGCCUGGGGCUUCCAGCACAUCCUAAGGAGAAGAAAAAUUCCAAAUCAAGCAAAAUCCGGUCUCUGGCUGAUUACAGAACUGAAGAUUCAAAUGCUGGGAAUUCUGGGGGAAAUGUGCCAGCUCCCGAUUCUACCAAGGGUUCCUUGAAGCAGAACAGAAGCAGCGCAGCGUCUGUUGUGUCUGAGAUCAGCUUGUCCCCUGACACUGACGACCGUCUGGAGAACGCCUCCCUGACUGGAGACAGUGUGUCUGAGGCAGAUGGAAAUGACAGCGACAGUUCUUCAUAUAGCAGCGUCUCCAUCCGAGGGACCUACGGCGUUCUGUUGAAGACGGCGGGCAUGCAGGACGCCUCCUAUGUGGUUAACGGCCAGGAGAUUGCUGCGGAUACCCUGGGCCAGUUCCCCUCCAUUAAGGAUGUCCUCCAGGCCGCAGCUGCUGAGCACCAAGACCAGGGGCAGGAGGUCAAUGGGGAGGUGCGGAGCCGCAGAGACAGCUUCUGCAGCAGUGUGUCCUUGGAGAGCUCUGCUACAGAAACACAGGAUGAGAUGCUGCAGGUGCUCAAAGAGAAAAUGAGGCUCGAAGGACAGCUGGAAGCCUUGUCACUGGAGGCGAGUCAGGCACUUAAAGAGAAGGCUGAGCUGCAGGCCCAGCUGGCUGCCCUCAGCACGAAGCUGCAGGCACAGGUGGAGUGCAGCCACAGCAGCCAGCAGCGGCAGGAUUCACUCAGCUCAGAGGUGGACACCUUGAAGCAGUCGUGCUGGGACCUGGAGCGAGCCAUGACCGACCUGCAGAACAUGCUGGAGGCCAAAAAUGCCAGCCUGGCGUCGUCCAACAAUGACUUGCAGGUGGCGGAGGAGCAGUACCAGAGGCUCAUGGCGAAAGUGGAGGACAUGCAGAAAAGCAUGCUCAGCAAGGACAACACAGUGCACGACCUGCGACAGCAGAUGACAGCCUUGCAGAGCCAGCUGCAGCAGGUGCAGCUGGAGCGUGCAACACUGACCAGCAAGCUGAAGGCCUCGCAGGCAGAAAUCUCGUCCCUGCAGAGUGUCCGGCAGUGGUACCAGCAGCAGCUUGCCCUGGCACAGGAGGCCCGCGUCAGGCUACAAGGCGAGAUGGCCCACAUCCAGGUUGGACAGAUGACCCAGGCAGGUCUCCUGGAGCACCUGAAACUCGAGAAUGUGUCCCUGUCCCAGCAGCUGACGGAAACUCAGCACAGGUCCAUGAAGGAGAAAGGGCGCAUUGCAGCACAGCUGCAGGGCAUUGAGGCUGACAUGUUGGAUCAGGAAGCAGCCUUCAUGCAGAUUCAGGAGGCAAAGACAAUGGUGGAGGAGGACCUCCAGAGGCGGCUGGAAGAGUUUGAAGGCGAGAGGGAGCGGCUGCAGAGGAUGGUGGACUCAGCGGCAUCCCUAGAGCAGCAGCUGGAGCAGGUGAAGCUGACCUUGCUCCACCGAGACCAACAGCUGGAGGCUCUGCAGCAGGAGCACCUGGACCUGAUGAAGCAGCUCACCUUGACUCAGGAGGGUCUGCAGAGCAGGGAGCAGUCUCUCGAUGCCCUGCAGACACAGUACGACGAGCUGCAGGCCAGGCUGGGGGAGCUGCAGGGUGAGGCCGCCUCCAGGGAGGACACGAUCUGCCUCCUGCAGAAUGAGAAGAUCAUCUUGGAGGCAGCUCUGCAGGCAGCCAAGAGUGGCAAGGAGGAGCUCGACCAAGGAGCAAGGCGCUUGGGGGAAGGUACCGAGGAAACGGCAGAAACUUUAGAGAAGUUAAGAGAAGAACUUGCCAUCAAGUCCAGCCAGGUGGAACACCUGCAGCAGGAGACUGCCGCUCUGAAAAAACAGACGCAAAAAAUAAAGGAACAGUUUAUUCAACAAAAGGUGAUGGUGGAGGCCUACCGGCGCGACACCACCUCCAAAGACCAGCUCAUCAGUGAGCUGAAGGCCACCAGGAAGAGGCUGGACUCGGAGCUGAAAGAGCUGCGGCAGGAGCUAAUGCACGUGCAGGGGGAGAAGCGGGCUGCGGAGGCAGAGCUCUCACGCCUGCACAGGGAGGCGUCCCAGGCCCAGCAGCAGAUGGCGGACCUUGAAGGGCGUCUCCAGGCCGCACAGAAGGAGCGAGACGAGAUGGAGACACACCUGCAGUCUUUGCAGUUCGAUAAGGACCAGAUGGUCGCGGUCACAGAGGCCAACGAGGCGCUGAAGAAACAAAUUGAAGAGUUGCAGCAAGAAGCACGGAAAGCCAUCACGGAACAGAAGCAGAAGAUGAGGCGGCUGGGCUCAGACCUGACCAGCGCCCAGAAGGAGAUGAAGACCAAGCACAAGGCCUACGAGAGCGCCGUGGGCAUUCUUAGCCGCCGCCUGCAGGAGGCCCUUGCGGCCAAGGAGGCUGCAGAUGCAGAGCUGGGCCAGCUCCGAGCCCAGGGCGGCAGCACUGAUAGCAGCCUGGCUCUACAAGAGAGGAUCCAGGCCCUAGAGGCGGAGCUGCAGACUGUCGGCCAUAGCAAGAUGCUGCUGGAGAAAGAGCUGCAAGAGGUCAUUGCACUGACCAGCCAGGAGCUAGAGGAGUCCCGGGAGAAGGUGCUGGAGCUGGAGGACGAGCUUCAAGAAUCCAGAGGCUUCAGGAAGAAGAUAAAACGCCUCGAAGAGUCAAACAAGAAGUUGGCUCUCGAAUUAGAGCACGAGAAAGGGAAGCUUACAGGCCUCGGACAGUCCAACGCAGCUCUGCGGGAACACAACAGUGUCUUAGAAACAGCUUUGGCCAAGAGGGAGGCAGACCUAGUUCAGCUGAACCUUCAGGUGCAGGCAGUUUUGCAGCGCAAAGAAGAGGAGGAUCGCCAGAUGAAGCAGCUUGUCCAGGCCCUGCAGGCCUCACUAGAGAAAGAGAAGGAGAAGGUGAACAGUCUUAAGGAGCAGGUGGCUGCUGCCAAGGUGGAAGCCGGGCACAACCGCCGCCACUUUAAGGCGGCCUCCUUGGAGCUGAGUGAGGUGAAGAAGGAGCUGCAGGCCAAGGAACACCUGGUGCAGAAGCUGCAGGCCGAGGCUGACGGCCUUCAGAUUCGGGAGGGGAAACAUUCCCAGGAGAUUGCACAGUUCCAGGCAGAGCUGGCCGAGGCCCGGGCGCAGCUCCAGCUCCUACAGAAGCAGCUGGACGAGCAGCUCAACAAACAGCCCGUGGGAAACCAAGAGAUGGAAGAUCUCAAAUGGGAGGUGGAUCAGAAAGAGAGAGAAAUCCAGUCCUUGAAGCAGCAGCUGGACUUGACAGAGCAGCAGGGCCGAAAGGAACUGGAAGGGCUCCAGCAGCUGCUGCAGAACGUCAAGUCUGAGCUGGAGCUGGCCCAGGAAGAUCUGUCUAUGACCCAGAAGGAUAAAUUUAUGCUCCAGGCGAAAGUGUCGGAGUUAAAGAACAACAUGAAGACCCUGCUCCAGCAAAACCAGCAGCUCAAGCUGGAUCUGCGCCGUGGCACAGCAAAGACGAGGAAGGAGCCAAAAGGCGAGGCCAGCUCCUCCAGCCCCGCCACGCCCAUCAAGAUCCCUGACUGCCCUGUCCCGGCCUCACUGCUGGAGGAGCUGCUGCGGCCACCACCCGCUGUGAGCAAGGAGCCCCUCAAGAACCUGAACAGCUGCCUCCAGCAGCUCAAGCAGGAGAUGGACAGUCUGCAGCGCCAGAUGGAGGAGCACACCCUCACAGUGCAUGAGUCCCUGUCCUCAUGGACCCAGGUGGAAGGCCGACUCGCAGAGCCUGCCACUGCCAGCCCUGCACCCCAUGGGGAUCAUGCCAACCCCCGGGGUGACACUCAGAGACACAGCCAGAGCAGGGUUUCCAAAGAAGGGCCAGGACAGUGACUGCUGCUGCCCAGGAAUGCUCUUAGCAAUGUUAUUUAUUUGAUUGUGUGAUCCAUGUUUUUCUGAGAGAUGGAAUUUAACAAGGAGUAAAGUAUAUAACAGAAUGAGAGCCGAGGAUUAGAAACACACUCGAAGAUCACAAUUAGCUUUUCCCAUGGAAUGACCAAGCCCAGGAGGCUCUCGGUGAAGAGUUUCUAACGUGUGUGAAGGUUAUUUGCCGAAGGACCUGUCUUCUGAGUAGCAGCUGCUGCUGCUCUCUCGGUGGGUGCCGGUCGGUGGCUGGGAGGAGAGAAUCUCUGCCUGGGUCGCUGCUCUCUGCGGGGUGCCGCAGCCGGUGGCUGGGAGAAGCUCUGAAUGACGGGGUCUGGCACCAGCACCCGCACACUUCCCUGUCCCUUCAGCAAGGGCUUUACUUCUCUGCAGAUGAAAUUUUAUUUGCACCUUUGGCUUUUUACUUUAUUGGUUUUUUUGAUACCCAUCCCACCAUAGGAUGUGUACACUGACACUGAAGAUCGUAAGCCAAGCUUUUUCUUUUGCGACAGAGUCUUGCUCUGUCACCAGGCUAGAGGGCAGUGGCACAGUCUCAGCUCACUGCAACCUCUGCCUCCCAGGUUCAAAUGAUUCUCCUGCUUCAGCCUCCUGAGUAGCUGGGAUUACGGGCACACACCAUCACGCCGAGCUAAUUUUUGUAUUUUUAGUAGAGACGGGUUUCACCACAUUGGCCAGGCUUGGUCACAAACUCCUGACCUCAAGUGAUAUGCCCACCUUGGCCUCCAAAGUGCUGGGAUUACAGGCUGAGCCACCGUGCCUGGCCUGUAACCCAGUCUUUAAGAAGCAAAUGUUCAUAGUAUUUAAGGUGAACCUACUUGUUUUCUUAUUGAUUGCCUUUUGAAAAUUUGUUGUUGGGAAUAUGUACCUGUAGGAUGUAGGGAUAUCAGUCAGAAAAUUCUAAGAACGAUAAUUUAUUUACCUUCUAAAGCCAAAUAUUCUUACCCAGGAAGGGUCCUUUGUUGUUGUGGUUUUACUUUGUUGCUGAGGGCCUUUCCUUCCUGUCAGUCUCUUCCUCUCAGGUCACUGGCCAUUGGGAAGGGGCAGCUCAGACCCUUGAUCAGACCUGAUGGCCAUCCAGAGACACAAAGACACUGAGGCCCCGUGUCUGACCUGGCAUUUGGGGGGCACAGGGAGAGGCCAAAGGGAGAGGAAGGAGGAUGGAGGAGGAGGAGAGCUGGCAGGGACUCCUGCGGUUUCCCCUGGAGCCACAGCCAGGCAUAGACCACAGGUGGUAACAAGCCUUUCUGCAGGCCUCGAACUUCUAUGCCCCAAGUGAAAAUCUUUACCAGGGUGUGUAGGAAUGCCUGUGUUGGUGCAGUCAUCGAGAGAAGUCCUGGGUCCUUUGUGGCUGUACCAGCAUCGUCUGCAGAGCAGAGACACUUUCUGGAAGACACAGGUCAGCACCAUGAGGAAGGUGGCUGUGGUCUCCCAAGGUGUCUCAGAAACAGAUGCCUUAUUUAAAAUCAGCGCUUAGUGUGUGAGAUCUUCUGUUUCCAACUCCAAGUCCUGAAACAUUGUAUACACUGGCUGGCCGGGAGAGCUGAGGUCUGUAAGUUGUCCCCUAGUUUGCUAAGAAAAUCUAAAAUAAUUUAUUGUCUGAGUUAGUAGACAGAGAGAGAGAAUGGGUCCACAUGGCCUCUUUGCAGUUGUGCUGGUCUGAACGAGGUUCUGAGUGUCACUGGCAAGUCCAGAUGUGUCUGUUUUGUGGAGAAAAUGGUAUGGAGUUUUUAAGCUAUUACUGUUCUGUUGUCAUAUACUUUUAGAAGGUUAAUUGGUAAGCUUAAGGUAGCAUCAACCGCAAAGAUGUUUGGUAUUUAAAAAAUAUUCUCUAGCAAGUAUUGGAACUUCCAAAAUAGAUAUAUCACUUGUACAGGGUUAAUUUUGAAAUAAUACUUGAAAAGUUCAUUAUAAAUAUAUCCUACUUUUUAUCUUAAGUUAAAGAUGUUAUUUACUAAAUUGUUCAUGUAUUAUGAGAGAAAAAAUAUGGUAAUUUACGUUCUUAUUUAUUUUGGCUGUACUGCCUCUUUGUUUUAAUUUUAAAAUCAAGAAAUCGGGUUGGGCGUGGUGGCUCAUGCCUGUAAUCCCAGCACUUUGGGAGGCCAAGGUGGGCAGAUCACCUGAGGUCAGGAGUUCCAGACCAGCCUGGCCAACGUGGCAAAAUACCGUCUCUACUAAAAAUACAAAAAAUUAGCCAGGCGUGGUGGCACGAGCCUGUCAUCCCAGCUGUUCGGAGGCUGAGGCAGGAGAAUUGCUCGCACCCGGGAGGCGGAGGUUGUGGGGAGCCGAGAUUGCACCACUGCACUCCAGCCUGGGUGACAGAGCGAGAGUCUGUCUAGACAAAAAUAAAUAAAAUCAAGAAAUCACACAGACAUUCGGUGGGGAGCGACUUCUUGCUUGUGGAAAGUCCCCAAGUGAGUGGUGUUCACCAUGUGUUUGUUUUCUCUGAGGACAAACUAAUUCUGAAAAUACUCAGUGAAGGCAGCUCCACGUUUCUCACGCCGGCUUUCCUGUGUGUGCCCUCCGGCGCAGUGCCUCCCCCGGCGCUCUGUCGCCACCCGUGCCAGGGCCCCCUCCAAUUUGGCGGGGCCUGGCUGCCUUUGUUCCCUGCUGUGAAUCUUCUGUUUUCUGUUGGUGUUUUCAUGCACGGCUGGUGGUUCUGGAUCAGAGGCCUCUUGUGUUCAUGCAGAUACUGCCUUCAGGCUAGAGGAAGUUGGAUUUUUUUUGAAUUUUUUUUAUUUUGGAGACGGAGUCUCACUCUCUCUCAGGCUGGAGUGCAGUGGCGCAGUCUCCGCUGCCCGCAUCCUCCGCCUCCUGGGUUCAAUUGAUUCUCCUGUGGCCGUCUCGCAACUAGCUGGUUUUACAGGCGCCCGCCACCACGCCUGGCUAAUGUUUGCAUUUUUAGAGAGGUGGAGUUUCACCAUGUUGGCCAGGCUGGUCUCCAACUCCUGACCUCAGGUGAUCCACCCAGCUGGGCCUCCCAAAGUGGUGGGAUUACAGGAGUGAGCCACCACCCCUGGCCAAAGUUGGAUUUUUAAAUUGCCUUCUUUAUUGUUGAGGAUUUUUAUGUUCUUCUCUCCAAGGGACUCGCCUGGCACUUCUACCUCCCAGAGUUAGAUUCUUCUGUGAGUAAAGUUUGAAUUGUUGUUGUGGAAAUGAUGAUAGCCUCAUGGAAAAAGCAGUCAAGUUGGGCGUGUUGCUUAUAGAACAGGGUCCCCAUCGAAUUAUGCAGCGUGUUCAUCCCCACGCCGAGUGUCACAGCCUCGCCGGGAAUGUUGGCUUGGGCACUUCAUAAUGUCAUUUCUUGUUUUUCUUAUGUUCCCCCAAAAAAAUGUAACGUGGUUUUCAUGUAUUUUUCCAUGGUGUGUGUGAGACUGAUGCCACGGGUGUCUUCCCAGUCUUUGGAAUGUGGAUCAGGCAGUGUUUUUGACAGGAUGUGAAACUGACUCUCCUCAGGCUGGGUCCACCAGAACACGGCCUGUGGGGCACUGGGCUGCCCUAGCGAGCUUGCCUCAACUCUCUUCCUUGGCACAAGGAUACCACCAAAGCCAUGGGCCUGUAGUCACCACCACAUCGACUCCCACUUUCACGAGGUUUUUAAACAAAAACAGAAUGUUGUGUGUAAAGAUUCUAGGAGGGCCUGAGGGGACCAGCAGAUCUGAGAGGAACGUCCCGGGGCCUCCCUUCGAGGAGCCUCUGUGGGGUGAGACGUUCUGAGCCUGGUUCCCGCAAGCUCACUGACCAGAAGGUCCCGGCAAGUCUCACCUUGCCGUGGUCUCAGGCUCUGAGAGGUCCUGAGGGAGAUGCUUUAGAGGGUCUGGAAAAUGCACUGCUUUUGAGUUACUCAUUUGUAUUAAAAAUUCCUCACUAAAGAGAGUUCUCAAGUUGUGGCGGUUCUGGAGAAAGGGGUCACCAUGUCUGACAGUGUAACUUUAAAAAGCACGUUGAUUUUUUACAAAUUAAGUGUGCUUGGGAAUUCCUUAAAUUUUGUGCAAUAAACUAUUUUUUGGUAAAGA